ACAUUUCCUUGUCAAAACUAAUUUUUGUCAAAAGGACAAAGUGGAAAUAAAUUGAACAAAAAAACGGAAAAUUCGUAAAUAAAAUGGACACAACCCAAUUAAAAGAAGAAUGGAACAAGUUGCGACCUCAGCUCGAAGCGGCCAAAUCUGCCGUAAGAGACAAAAUGCAACAACAGGAAUAUCUGUUAAAUGCUUUACGUGCCGUUGAUGUGUCAAUAGAAUUAUUAAAGAAGAGUAACUGCAACAUCGAUCUCAUGGAACAACAAAAGGUGCAAGUUGUGGAAUACUUGCAUACCGCAAACAACGACCUAAAAAAGGCUACAUGUGACUUGAAUGAAAUGAAAAUGGAAGUUCAGUCGCUUACCAAUGACAUGACGAAUCAUUUAAAAAUGAUUUAAAAACCGUUGCAGUCUGCGAAAAAUAAAGAAGUAUGUAUGUAGUGUAUAUCAAAUGUGGAGUAAAAUAGCGUGACUUCUUACUUUCGGGCUGUACACCACAAUUUUUGUUUUAUUUUUUUAAAUAAAGAAAAC